AUGAAAUUCGUAUUAAAACGUAUAAAUAAAAGAGAAAUUCCUAUGGGUAUGCAUUUUUUAGCGUGCUUUUUUUUCUUUUUUGGUCUUCAUUCUACAUAUGGUAGCAGUCACCAUGGGCAGAGACAACCAAAUGGUGGGAGGGUAUUCAGAAGUUCAAAUGGAUCAGAUAGAAUCACUCAGCAUCGUGUAUUGGUGAAAAAAAAUUAUGUUCUCAAGGCAUUUGUGGUAGUUUGUGUACGGUUUAAUGAAUUGGUACGGGACAGUGAAAAAUAUUGGAGCGCAGAGAAUUUCAGAAUAUUGUGCGAGAAAUUGCAGCAUCAGCUGAAACAUAGAUGCACAGAAGAUGUGUUGAAGAAGAUUGAAGCAUUUCAUGAAGAAGCUCAAAGGCUGAAAUAUAGUAUGGAACAAAUGCGGGUAAGCAUCGGUUCGAACGCAAUGUAUUGGACCCAAAAUGAAAUAUUGCAAGUAUUGAAUGGUAUGCUCUUCAUUAACGAGGGUCAUUCAAUUUUAUCUACAACUGUUGACUCCUCACUCGAUUUCUCUGGCGACACGACGCAUCUUGGUGAUCAUUAUUUCAAGUUUAUGGAUGAAUAUGCAGCAUUAGCAAGGAUGUUAAAUCAGUCCAGAGAAUAUCUGGUCAAAAUAUUACCUAUAGAAGAAUUGUUGUGGAAAACCAUCGAAUCAGCGAAAAUAUCUGAGAAUCUGUUCUAUGAAACGAGCUAUGCCAUAAAGCAUGCAUUUGAAAAAAACAUGCAACAAUUUACCACAAACAAAUAUACGGACAAGCAACGAAGGACAGCUAAGAACACAACAACAGAAUAAUUGCAUUCAAAAGAUCAAACAUGGACAUAAUUUUGCUGGGAGGAACGGUUUGACUUGAUCAAAUGCUCACGAGCUGAAG